AUGAGAAUUGUAAUUGAAAACCUACGAAAACAGAUAAACCUUGAUAUAGAAGAAGAAAGGGACAUCCUAAAGAAAUGCCAAGCAUUCAAAGAUACCAGUGAAAGUAAAUUUGAUAAUAUCAUUCGUGAAAUAUCCACAAGGGAGGGACACAUGGUCCAAUCUGUACAUAAAGCUGCAGAAAAAAGAAGAUCAAAAGCGCUGAAAAAGAAAACAGAAAUAAAGUCUGUAACUGAUGAAAAUACAACUAGAAAUGGAGACAUUCUCGUUACUUUGCGCACUAAAGGAAUGAGGCAAAGUAAGGUUGUGAGGUUCUCAGGAUUCAAGGAAGAGCAGAGUAUUCAAUACGACAACGAAUAUAAUUCUUUCCUCUCUAUAGAGAAAAAUGAUGUUCUCUUCCUUACCACAAAUUGUGAAGGAGAUAUCUGUGUAGCUGAUUGGGCUGGGGAGGCAGUCGUGGUGUUCAAUGCUCUUGGUUAA